GAUCGGGACGCAUUCAUGUAACGACACACAGCCCGGAUAGGUGACCGCUUUGAGAGCCACGUGUCAUUAUCUGAAGGACCGUGUUUGAUUUUGUGUGUGUGUGUGUGUGUGUGUGUGUUUGUUUAGGUUAGAUCACCAAAUUAAAACUGUGAGUCAUUUAUUAACAAUUCUGGUUAGAGGGUGCCGCCGCAACGCUGGGUCAUGUGUGAUAAAUAAAACAUUCAAGACAAACCUUUUCAAAGUCUUGCUGCUGCAUGCCUAAUUUGUAGCUGAAAUGUUUAUUCAUUUGGCAAAUUAAACAUGCAUGUUUGAAAAAAAAAAUCCUAAUGUCACUACACCCGAGCAGACUGCACAGGACACGUUGUGCGUGUGUAGGGAGACACCUACUGGUGGAUGAAGUGUAGCGUUUGAUGUGGGGGACAGAACUGAGGGGCCACUGGUUAUUACCAAGUUUUUAUAUUGGUAUUAAUUAAUAUUAAUUGUUUAAUAAUCACACUAAUAGAUUCCUGUUAAAUGGUUAGAACCCUAAAAUGAGACUCCAAUAUUAUCAACUCUUCCACCUGAUCAGGUUUUUCAUCUACUUUUCAGCUGCCAAUAAACUUGACUCUGAAUUAAAAAAAAAAAAAAGUCUUGUUCUGUAAAGAAAAAAAAAGUGCUUAUUUCAUCAGCAGGACACCGCGCCCUGGGUCAAGGUGUUUACCCAACUCAGAAGUGUCUUGGAGGCCCCCUGUCAGUAAACAGGCCUCACAAAAGUCCCAUUCAGCGGUAACUGGAACCCAGACCGACCGUGCCACGUCGAAAUGGUUGAGGACGCAGCACCAGGGCAAACUUGUUUCACGUUAUUUGAAGACAAGCGGCAUAAUUAUUGCAUGCCAGGAAGAAAAUAUGCCACAAAGCAGGAAGAAGUUUGUUCGAGGCGUGGAUUGUUGCAGAGUUCAUUAACGUAUAACUCGAUCACCUGGCCUCUACAGUUGUUUAUGCACCUGAACGGCUUUUAAAGUAGGGCAUCUGGGUGUGGUGGGACCCUGGCUAUUUUCUGUAACCCACGUCCCGCGAAAAGACCAAAGGGUAGCGGUUUGUACAUGAAAACAAAGCGACGUCGUAAAAGUUUUGAUUGAACCCAGACGUUGCAUGGUGGAAAGCGUCGAUGGGAGUUGGAGCUCAGUGGAAAGCAUCGGGCCGCUCCACAAACUCAGCUCACAGAGCGGGCAGGCGCUCAUGUUCGUCCCGGUGGGAGAAAUGUUGUCUGCGCUUCCUCAAAUGGACCUGCUGUUCACUGUGCGUGGCUACCGUCAGUUUUUUGUUUAUCCUGGGAGUCUGUCUGCUCUACCUACCGGAACCGUUUAGGCUCGAUCCGUUUCUGUCUUUCUCCCAUGAGGACGUCCCAGUGACUCUCCUGAUAUGGACGCAUCCGUUCGGUCGGUAUCGCGAACUUCCGGACUGCUGGGAGCAAUACGAGAUCGGCGGCUGUACGCUCACCGACGACGCACUAACGUACCUCGAGGCCGACGCUGUAAUCUUCCACCACCGAGAGAUCGCCACCGGCGACGCGUUUCUGCCACUGGAACCGCGCCCCCCUGCUCAAAAGUGGAUAUGGAUGAACUACGAGUCCCCCACGCACACAACCGGGCUUUGGCGAUUCGAGCACAUCUUCAACCUCACAAUGAGCUACAGGGCGGACUCGGACAUUUUCCUGCCCUACGGUUACCUGGUCCCCCGCGCGCACACAACCAGCGGUCUCCAAAACCGUUUUGCGCGUCCCCUUCGCGGACUCUCCCACCCAAACCGCCACAGGCACCGCCUCGUGACCUGGGUCAUCAGCAACUGGUCGGAGUCCCAUGCCCGAGUGGCCCUCUACUACCAGCUUCGCCAGUACAUCCAGAUUGAUGUGUACGGGCGCGCAGGUCGGCCGGUGCCAUCGGGCACCAGCGUGGUUCGCCUGAUUGGAAGGUACAUGUUCUACCUGGCGCUGGAAAACUCUCAGCACACCGACUACAUCACGGAGAAGCUGUGGAACGCAGUGAAGGCUGGAGCGGUCCCGGUGGUGCUGGGUCCGUCCAGGCAGAACUACGAGCGCUUCUUGCCCCCGGAGGCUUUCAUCCACGUGGACGACUUCAGCACAGUGAAAGAGCUGGCCCGAUACCUGCUGACGCUGGGGCGCAGUCCUGCAAGGAUGAGGCGGCACCUGGACUGGAGGGGGAGCUACAGCCUGCACCAGCCGGCCUUCUGGGGGGAACACUACUGCACGGCCUGCAGGGCGGUGAAGAGCGCCAGAGGCAGAACGGAUGUGGUGAAAGGCCUGGCACGCUGGUUUCGCUCGUGAAAACCGUUUCACCUCCAGCACCUGUUUGAACAGAGCACAGAGCUGAGAGAUAAGACAAAUGUAAACACACAUAACAAUGAGAACAACAGACCCACUGCCCACCUGCUGCUUUCAAAUUUCACAGAUGAGAUCUAAUAUCACAUUUAAAUCAUGUGACUAAUUAAAGUAAAAACUAAAAAUAA